AGUUGCUAGUUUUAUCGAGGAACGCGAAAAGAUCCAGCUUCAUAAAUUUCCCCAUACAAAGGCGGAUUGGCGAACAAUUCUCACUUAAUUCAGCCAGCCGACGAAUAUUAUAAUUUCAUUUUAAGAGAAUCCCUGACGGAGUCUAACGUCUUUAUAUUCUGCGCAGCAUCUCCUAAAUGCUAUUUCUGCAGACACGCGCGGCGUCCUUGUCCAUUUGAUGAAAUUGGACCUGCCGACAACAACUCGUCUUCCCGCCACCCGAUAGUACUACCGUCAAUAAGCAAGCUAUUCAACGAAACAUAUCCCCAAGAUGGCGGACCAUCAUCGAGAUGUGUCGCAGUACAAGUACUCGGCUAUGUCCAACCUGGUUCUCCAGGCGGAUAGACGGUUUGUUACGCGGCGGACCGAUGAGGCUACUGGUGACCCCGAAUCCCUUGCCGGCCGUCUGAGAAUCAAUGACAUGGGCUCCAGAGUCGCGCGCGAUACUGCACCCAAACAGAAGAAGGCUGCAGGCUUACAGGAUAUUCAGAGGGGAGAUGUACAAGAGGGCAAAGACAUUCUAGCCCGCGAACAAAGAAAAGCCAAAGGCGACCCGUCGCAGAUGAGAGGAACGGGUAUCCUCGGACAAACAGAUCUGCUAGUCGAAGGCCUUCGAUAUCGACCGCGUAUACCAGCCACUCGUGCCACUUACGACCUCAUAUUAAACGUUGUGAGGAGUAAUUUGGGCGAUGUAUCCCACGAGAUCGUUUUGAGUGCGGCGGACGCUGUGCUGGAAUAUCUUAAGGAUGAGGACAUGAAGGAUUUCGACAAGAAAAAGGAAAUCGAUGAUCUGUUGGGCGUCACAUUAAACCCCAAGCAGUUCAACGAGUUGGUCAACCUCGGAAAGAAAAUUACAGAUUAUGAUACCCAAAAUGACGACGAAGAUAUGGACACAGGAGCAGGUGCGGCCGAAGGUGACGAAGAACUGGACGAACGUCAGGGUGUCGCCGUGGUAUUCGACGACGAGGAGGAGGACGAAGAAGCAGCCUUGGUCAACGAAGUCAGAGAUGAGUCCUCAGACGAUGAGGCGGUCUUUGACAAGGACGAGCAGGACUUGGUUGGCUUGGAAGAACAGGCGACCGCCGGAGGCGCUGGGGAAGACCGAGACCACGAGCAGGCGGACUUAGCUGACGGCGAGGAAAUGGUGAUUGAUGCCGGCUUUACUGAAGCCAAACGCGAGGGGUCGUCUAAGGAAACAAACUAUAUCCCUGCGCGCCAAAUCGACGCCUACUGGUUACAAAGGGAGAUCGGAAAUAUCUAUACCGAUGACCAUAUUCGCCACGAGAAGACCGCCCAAGCUUUACAUAUCCUUUCUGGGGAGCCUGAUGAACCUGGUGGAGAGGAGAAGCAGCUGAGAGAGAUCGAAAACGAAUUGAUGGAACUGCUUGACUACGAGCAUCAUGAAGUAGUCCAGAAGCUCAUUCAGAAUCGAGAAAAGAUCGUUUGGCUCACGCGCUUAGCCAGGGCUGAGGGUGAUGAGGAAAGGGGUGUCAUUGAGCGGGAAAUGGCAUCCGAGGGUGUCAGAUGGAUCUUGGAUGAGCUUCGAGGCAAAAAGACGGGUGAAGCCGCAAAAAAGAUGGAGAUCAAGAUGGACAUUGAUGUCCCAGCGUCGUUUAGCACAGCGCCUAAGACUGAGCGAGCGGAAGGCCAACUUGUCGGCGGGCUUCAACCACGGAAGCUAAUCAACCUGGAAAAUCUCAUAUUCGAUCAGGGCAACCAUCUUAUGACAAACCCUAAAGUCAGACUCCCUGAAGGUUCGACGAAAAGGACUUUCAAGGGCUACGAAGAGAUCCACGUCCCCGCACCUAAAAAACGCAACCAAGCGGAUGAAACUAAUAUUCCCAUUACCGAUAUGCCCGAGUGGGCUCGUGUGCCCUUCAGCUCAGCUAAGUCGCUGAAUAAAAUCCAGACCAAGUGCUUCCCGACAGCCUUUGAAGAUGAUGGGAACAUGCUUAUCUGUGCCCCGACUGGUAGUGGUAAAACGAAUGUAGCCAUGUUAACUAUUCUACGGGAGCUUGGGAAGCAUAGGGAUCCGCAGACAGGAGAUAUUGAUUUAGAUGCCUUCAAGAUUGUGUACAUUGCGCCUUUGAAGGCUCUGGUUCAAGAGCAAGUUGGUAAUUUUGGUGCACGCCUGAAACCAUACGGCAUAACAGUUGCCGAGUUGACUGGUGAUCGCCAACUAACGAAGCAACAAAUCUCCGAGACGCAGAUCAUCGUUACGACACCUGAGAAGUGGGAUGUCAUCACGCGGAAAGCGACAGACCUGACAUACACUAAUCUUGUGCGGCUGAUUAUUAUCGACGAAAUUCAUCUUUUGCAUGACGAACGUGGACCCGUCAUUGAAAGUAUUGUGAGCAGGACUAUUAGGAAGACCGAGCAAACUGGUGAUCCAGUCAGACUGAUCGGUUUGUCUGCUACUCUACCCAAUUACAGGGACGUGGCUAGCUUUCUUCGCGUGGAUCCUCUCAAGGGACUUUUCCACUUCGAUGGUUCCUACCGACCGUGUCCUUUAAGACAAGAGUUCAUUGGUGUCACCGAGAAGAAGGCCAUUAAGCAGCUCAAGACGAUGAACGAUAUCACAUAUAAUAAAGUCAUCGAGCAUGUCGGUACUCACAGAAACCAGAUGCUCAUUUUCGUUCAUUCUCGAAAGGAAACCGCGAAGACUGCCAAAUACAUUCGAGAUAAGGCCCUCGAGAUGGAAACAAUUAAUCAGAUCUUAAAGCAUGAUUCCGGCUCAAGAGAAGCUCUUAACGAAAUAGUUAAUGAUAUAUCUGAUGCUGACUUGAAGGAUCUUAUCCCCUAUGGAUUCGGUAUUCACCAUGCGGGUAUGAGUCGUCUUGACCGAUCCGAAGUCGAAGGCCUCUUUGCUGCCGGUCUUAUUCAAGUCCUCGUUUGUACGGCUACUCUUGCCUGGGGUGUCAACCUUCCAGCACACACGGUUAUCAUCAAGGGUACCCAGGUCUACUCACCGGAAAAAGGUAGCUGGGUAGAGUUGAGCCCCCAAGACGUUCUACAGAUGUUGGGUCGUGCUGGACGACCUCAGUACGACACGUAUGGUGAAGGUGUCAUCAUCACGUCUCAAAGUGAAAUGCAGUACUAUCUAUCGCUGCUCAAUCAACAACUCCCGAUUGAAAGUCAGUUGGCUAGUAAGCUUGUUGAUAACCUGAAUGCAGAAAUCGUUUUGGGUAAUGUUCGAAGUAGAGACGAAGGGGUUGAAUGGCUAGGUUAUACCUAUCUAUUCGUUCGAAUGUUACGAUCGCCUGGCCUCUAUAGCGUCGGGGCCGACUACGAGGAUGACGAGGCCCUGGAGCAGAAGAGAGUCGACCUCAUACAUUCAGCGGCUACCGUGCUGAAAAAGUCGAAUCUCAUUACCUAUGAUGAGAAGACUGGCAAGGUCAAGGCAACUGAACUUGGAAGGAUAGCAUCCCACUACUAUAUCACCUAUGGAUCGAUGGAUACCUACAAUAAGUUAAUCCAGCCUUCGAUCACAACUAUCGAGCUUUUCCGAGUGUUUGCUCUUAGCGCUGAGUUCAAGUAUAUACCUGUUCGACAAGAUGAGAAGUUAGAACUGGCAAAAAUUCUCGCUCGGAUACCGAUUCCGGUGAAAGAAAGCAUCGAAGAGCCGCAUUGCAAAAUUAAUGUCCUGCUACAGGCCUAUAUCAGCCGGCUCAAGCUUGAGGGUCUAGCUCUCAUGGCCGACAUGGUCUACGUCACACAAUCCGCAGGCCGUAUACUUCGCGCCAUCUUCGAAAUCACUUUACAAAAAGGAUGGUCCAAUGUUGCAAAAACGGCCUUGGACUUGUGCAAAAUGGCAGAGAAGAGAAUGUGGCUAACCAUGACGCCGCUAAGGCAGUUCCCUCGGUGCCCUCGGGAUAUCAUAGCUAAAGCUGACAGAUUAGAUAUCCCAUGGAGUAGUUAUUUCGACCUCGACCCUCCCCGGAUGGGUGAGCUGCUUGGGAUGCCGAAGGCGGGGCGUGUCGUCUGCGACCUGGUAUCCAAGUUCCCGCGGGUUGAGAUUCAAGCACAGGCUCAGCCGAUGACUCGUUCUAUGCUUCGAGUCGAGCUGUCUAUAACGCCGAACUUCCAAUGGGAUGAUGAAAUUCAUGGAUUGGCAGAGAGCUUUUGGAUUAUUGUUGAAGAUUGUGACGGCGAGGAUAUUCUAUUCUAUGACCAGUUCCUCCUGCGCAAGGACUAUGCGAUGUCGGAAUCGAACGAACAUUUGGUCGACUUCACAGUCCCCAUCACCGACCCUAUGCCCCCUAAUUACUUCAUUUCUGUCAUUUCUGAUAGGUGGAUACAAUCGGAGACGAAGUUGGCUGUUUCGUUCCAAAAGCUCAUUCUGCCCGAGAAAUUCCCGCCUCAUACCCAGCUUCUAGAUUUACAACCUCUCCCGGUCGCCGCGCUAAAGGCGAAGGACUUUUCCAACUUGUACGAGUCUUGGAAUUACUUCAAUAAAAUUCAAACGCAGACUUUUAAUUCGCUCUACACAACGGAUGAUAACGUCCUGAUCGGUGCUCCAACCGGUAGUGGGAAGACCGUCUGCGCUGAGUUCGCUCUUUUGCGUCUGUGGUCGAAACCGGAGAUUGGCCGUGCUGUGUACAUUGCGCCGUUCCAGGAAAUUGUCGAUAUCAGACACCAAGAUUGGAGCAAGCGUCUUAGCCAUCUGCGUGGCGGGAAGGAGAUAGUUAAGCUUACCGGAGAAACGGCAACGGACUUGAAGCUACUUGAGAAGGGAGACCUGAUCUUGGCUACACCAUCGCAGUGGGAUGUCCUCUCUCGACAGUGGCAGAGACGCAAGAAUAUCCUUACAGUAGAACUGUUCAUUGCCGACGAGCUUCAUCUCCUCGGCGGACCGCUAGGGUACAUCUAUGAGAUCAUAGUAUCUCGCAUGCACUAUAUUCGUACCACUGCUCAACUAACGAUGAGAAUUGUUGGGUUGAGCGUGUCACUUGCGAAUGCAAGAGACAUUGGCGAAUGGAUUGACGCCAAAAAGAAGGACAUUUACAACUUCAGCCCUCACGUCCGCCCUGUGCCUCUUGAGCUUCGUAUCCAGUCUUUCUCUAUUCCCCACUUCCCAUCUCUUAUGCUUGCUAUGGCAAAACCAGCGUACCUUGCGAUCACGGAGUUGUCGCCAGAUCAGCCAGCUCUGGUUUUCGUGCCGAGCAGGAAACAAACGAGGUCAAGUGCUCGUGACAUUCUUGCGGCUUGCCUGGCGGAAGAUGACGAAGACAGAUUUUUGCACGUGGAUAUUGACCAACUUCAUCCACUGCUAGAGCGUGUCCAGGAAGAGGCAUUAGCUGAAGCCCUAUCGCAUGGUGUUGGAUAUUACCAUGAAGCUCUCAGCCAAAGCGACAAGCGUAUCGUUCUCCACCUAUACAAGCAAGGUGCAAUCCAGGUUCUGGUCGCAUCUCGUGACGUGUGUUGGGAGCUGGACUGCACUGCGCACCUAGUAGUGGUGAUGGGCACUCAAUACUUUGAGGGUCGUGAACACCGUUACGUCGACUACCAGUUAAGUGAAGUACUUCAGAUGUUCGGGAAGGCUUUACGACCAUCUCGGGACGGCCGUAGUAGGGGCGUACUCAUGGUUCCAGGCGUCAAGAGAGAAUAUUUCAAGAAAUUCCUCAACGAAGCCCUUCCAGUCGAGUCUCAUCUUCACAAUUUUAUGCAUGACGCUUUUGUUACCGAGGUCAGCACAAAGAUGAUCGAGUCCGCGGAUGAUGCUAUCAACUGGACAACGUUUACGUACUUCUAUCGUCGACUUCUAGCAAACCCGAGUUACUACAGUCUGACGAGCCCGACGCAUGAGGGCUUGAGUAGCUACCUUUCUGACUUGGUGGAGACUACGCUGAAGGAGCUCACUGAGUCGAAGAUCAUCGACUUUGACGAAGAUGAUGGCUCUGUUGCCCCUCAAAACGCGGCCAUGAUCGCAGCGUAUUACAAUAUCUCGUACAUUACAAUGCAGACGUUCCUGUUAUCAUUGACUGCGAGGACAAAGCUCAAGGGGAUACUGGAAAUUGUCACUUCGGCCACAGAAUUCGAGUCCAUCCAGAUCCGGCGACAUGAAGACAACCUACUUCGGCGAAUCUACGACAGGGUCCCGGUUAAAAUGUCCGAACCGGCCUACGACUCGCCGCAUUUCAAGGCGUUCGUAUUGCUACAAGCACACUUUUCUCGAAUGCAACUACCUAUCGACCUAGCUAAGGAUCAGGAGGUAAUUGUAUCGAAGGUGUUGAGUCUCCUGAGCGCAACAGUUGACGUUCUAUCGUCGGACGGGCAUCUGAAUGCUAUGAAUGCCAUGGAAAUGUCGCAGAUGGUGGUCCAAGCCAUGUGGGACCGAGACAGUCCUUUGAAACAAAUUCCUCAUUUCACGCCCGAGGUUGUGAAGGUGGCGAACGAGUUCGGAAUUAAGGACAUUUUCGAUUUUAUGGAAGCAAUGAACCCCGAAGAGAACCCCAACUACGACACUCUUAUCAAACGCCUCGGCUUGUCGCAAGCCCAGUUAAGCCAGGCAGCAGCUUUCACAAACAAUAAAUACCCCGAUAUCUCACUCGAAUUUGAACUUAUAGAUGAGGACAACAUCCGUGCUGGAGAGCCGGCGUACAUGAAUGUCCAAAUCGACCGCGAAGUCGAAGAGGACGGAGAGGUUGACACGACAGUCCACGCUCCAUUCUACCCCGCUAAGAAGGUGGAGAAUUGGUGGCUGGUUGUUGGAGAGGAGAGUACAAAGACGCUGCUGGCAAUCCGGCGAGUCACUAUUGGCCGACAACUCAAGACCAAAUUGGAGUACACGGUCCCGACACCGGGUAAGCAUGACUUGAAGCUGUUUUUGAUGAGUGACAGCUACGUCGGUGUGGACCAGGAGCCAGCGUUUUCCGUCACGGUCGCGGAGGGCAUGGAUGUGGACUCGGAUGAGGAAGAAGAGGAUGACGAAUAGAAAUCCUCGGGAUACACCUUUGGGAACUUUUAAUGAGUGAGAUCACGUCCCCUGUACGAAAAAGCUUACUGUACAUAUAGAAAACCAUUCAAAGGCGAUUAGACGCUGUCUGGUGAAUUAUCUAAAGGAGAAAAGAAAAAUAGGGAUAUAUCGAAAAAAAAUUUUACUACUUAUUCCAAGACGUCCGCAACGGUUCUCUUCGAGUUUUUUACCUGAGGCAUGUGUUAUGUCAUGUUAGGUAUCUGGGUAGGUAUCGGUGAGGUGUUGGGUAGGUAGGCUGUCGGGCGAUGUUACGGGGGCUGGUGUUGCAAAAGGCGCUGUUGCGGCUCGGUUCGGGGGGUAUAAAGGAGAUAGAUGAGCAGUAUGGAAGCGGAUGGAAAUGAAGACAGAAAGGAGAGAAUGAUGUGUGUUAUAGAUUGUGUUAUAGAUGCAGGAAAGCAAGAUAGGGAGGGGGCCAUAUUAAUGAAGGGCGAAGGCCAACGGGGGCUCGAUGGAAGUCGAUGGAGGUCGGUGACCAACUAUAAUAUUCUCAUGUACAAUACCAUACCUGGUAUGGGGGGGGCGUGUUUCUUGAUUGGGGG